UUAAUCAUCCAACGGUACAGAACACCUCGUUUACUCUUCUAUAUAGUCAUCUUAUUAAGCCGUAUUUCUCUUCGUUCGCUGAGAAGAUACUCUCUGCUAGGGUUUUCUAGGGUUUCUCGGUUCUUCUGUAGCAUUUGCAAACAUGGUCCUCCAAAACGACAUUGAUUUGUUGAACCCACCGGCAGAGCUUGAGAAGAGGAAGCACAAGCUCAAACGUCUCGUUCAGUCACCCAACUCCUUCUUCAUGGAUGUAAAAUGCCAGGGUUGCUUUAACAUAACCACAGUUUUUAGCCAUUCUCAAACUGUUGUGGUGUGCGGCAACUGCCAGACAGUUUUGUGCCAGCCUACUGGUGGCCGUGCUAGACUCACCGAGGGAUGCUCUUUUAGGAGAAAGGGUGAUUGAGUUGUUCUGAAUGAU